AUGUCCCCAAUCGGAUGGAACUUGGAAGCCGCGCCACAAGUGGAGAGCUCGAGCGGACAUCGCUGCACUUCAGCGGCUGCUGCCGAGAUGCGGGCGCACGAUGUACUCGACGCCCUGGAACGAGUCACGCUGUUCCGGGCUCAGGCGGCGGACUCGAAUCGACGCUUGGAGGACAUCGGAAGUGAUCUGGACAGCGCAAUAUCUCUGCUGGACCUCCAACAACAGCAGUGUCGCGAAGCGGAGCAUCCGGACGGCGCAGCAACAGGCGUGACCCAGGGCGUUCACCGCGCCGUCCUUGACUGGUCCACCGGGGUGAUCGUGAAGCUCGCGGCAGCCUUGCCCAAGCACGCGACAAUUGCGGCAAGCACCAACGUCAGCACCACCACCACCAGUGAGCGCCACGCUCGGAACGCACGGCGCUGGCUCUCGGACCCGCGCAUCUGGCGGUGCUUUGUGCGCUCGCUCAGGGGGGGCGCCACCCAGGCGGCCGAACCCAGCACGCACCUACCGCAGGCUGCGAGCCUGGGGGUGCUACGGGCUGCGAUUUUCGCGGUCCGUGCCGGAGCACCAGGAUCGUUGGCGGCGGCGGGAGCGGCGGCGAGGGCUGGGGAUAGCUGCUCUGCAUCACCGCAGGCAGCAGAACCGAACAACGAUGGUGUGGCAGCGGCGGCGGCGGCGGCAGGGGCAGGGGACUGGGCGUUCGUCGCCGUCCUGACGCUCUGUGGCGGGGUCAUCGUUACCGCGGGAGGAGGAGGAGGAAGAGGGGGCGGCCAAAGCAGCGGGUCGAUGACGAGCAUCGACGCCGCCGUCCUGGACGAGCUCCGGCCACGGCGCGCGGACGGGAUGGUGCUAGCGACGGCGGGCCCGGCGGCGCCGGCGCCGGCGCUGGCGACGGUCGCCUCAAAACGGUGGGGAGGGGGAGGUGCCGUGAUGAAGAUGUCCCUAGACGCGUACGCGACAUUCUUGGAUGAGGUCCUUCGCGGACAUGAGGCCGUUUGCCUAGCGCUACCCCUCGCCGGCGACGGGGCAGGGUCGGGAGGGCGGAGCAGCGUCGGGGGCAAGGAGGCGGCGGCGGUUGCGACGGCCGGUGGCGGAGCGCUGCCGUCCCUGGCGGAAGGAGCGCUGACGGAGCUGCUCCGCUUCCAGGUGGUGCUGCAGGCCCAGCAGACAUCCCCCCGCAAGGUCUUCACCACCUUUUGUUCGAAGCUGAUGGGGUCGCUGUUCCGGGCCCUUCCGCCCGAGAUUUCGACGACGGCGUCGGCCUCUUCGCCGCUCAAGACCGCCGCCAAGGCCGUCGCGUUCGACGCCCUCUUUCACGAGGAGCAUCUCGAGGGCUACCGCGAAGCCUUCACGGCGGCCGAGGAGGCGGUGGCGGCGGCGGUUGCCAGGACGGGGAGUUCGCCGCAAGGGGGGGGAGUUGCGCCUACCGCUGGCGGUGGCGAUGGGAAGAACAUUAGUGAACCGGAUCAGUCUGGUGAGAGUGGCGGCGGCGGCAAGAAGAGGCGCCGGAAGAACACUGGUCGCGAAGACGGCGGCGGAGACGACGGCGGCAAGUUUAAGAAACCCCGGAGCCGUGUGUGCUACCAGCAGCAGCUCUUGGACGAGAUGGCCGCGCUAGCGGCUGGCUCGCGGGCAGACGGGGAGGGGGGGGGGCGAUCUCGCCUAGGGGCAGUGGCCGGGGCCCCGAUUUUGCUGGAAGGGUUUAUUCUCCGCCUAGGUAAGGUGCAGCGUGGAGCGGUUGAUAUCCACGAGGCGUCGGGUGCGGCGACGGCCGCAGUGGCUGUGGGCGGAAAGCGCUCGCGUUCAUCCGGUGGCAGCGGCGGGGGCGGCAGCGGUAGCGGCUCGUCCGCCUCGCCUGCUUCGCAGAUGUUUAGGCUGUGGUCGGUGCUACAUUCGACGCUCUUGGGGUCCUUGCCGUCUGCCCCGUCUUCGUCUCCGCCGCCUGCACAGCCGUCCGAUGGCACCGUCGUGCUCCCGCGGCUGCUGCUUCUCCCGUUCCUGCGGUCGAGCAACUCCAUGCUGAGGCUCCUCGCUGAGCACGACGUCUACCGCAUCAACGAGGACUGGGGGGGGCUCGAGUUCGGCCAGCUCCGCAGCUUCUCGUCCAGCCUUAUCCGCCUCGCCGAAAGCUGCUGCGGGGGGGGGGGUAGCGGCGGCGGCGGCGGCAACAGCACCGACGGCGGCGCCCCCGCAAGCACGCCUGCCGCGAUGGCGGUCAGCAGGGACGGCGCACGCAGAACGGAAGACGCUCCCGAUGCCCCCGCCGCCGCUGCCCGUGUCCUAGUAAAGCCUACGAAGGAGGAAGUAACGGGGGCGGGGGCAGCAGCCGAGGAGUUUCUCAGGGCUUUCGGCUCGCUGCUGGGCCUUAACCACAGCAUCCUGCACGAUGACCUGAGACAGGUGCUACGGAUGACGUUCGAGUGGGCGGCUACGGCGGAAACAGCAGAAUCGGCGACGGCGGCGCCGGGUACUGUUCGCGGCGGCGACGGAGGCAGCGGCGGCCCGACGGUGGUGCUCCGCGCUCUGGCGGUCGAUCUCGUCGCGAGCCUCGUCGGCACCGGCGGCGGCGGCGGCAACAGCACCGACGGCGGCGCCCCCGCAAGCACGCCUGCCGCGAUGGCGGUCAGCAGGGACGGCGCACGCAGAACGGAAGACGCUCCCGAUGCCCCCGCCGCCGCUGCCCGUGUCCUAGUAAAGCCUACGAAGGAGGAAGUAACGGGGGCGGGGGCAGCAGCCGAGGAGUUUCUCAGGGCUUUCGGCUCGCUGCUGGGCCUUAACCACAGCAUCCUGCACGAUGACCUGAGACAGGUGCUACGGAUGACGUUCGAGUGGGCGGCUACGGCGGAAACAGCAGAAUCGGCGACGGCGGCGCCGGGUACUGUUCGCGGCGGCGACGGAGGCAGCGGCGGCCCGACGGUGGUGCUCCGCGCUCUGGCGGUCGAUCUCGUCGCGAGCCUCGUCGGCACGUACGGCCGCCUGCGGCAGAUGGACCACCUCGUCCGGGCCCUCUUCGGGGCCGUAAGCGACUGCCCGCAGGCGGCGGCCGCCAUGCUCAGAAGGGACGAGUGCGCGGCGGCUCUGGGACGCGCGUUCCGAAGGCUUCCGGAGGGACAGAUCGCACCCAUGUGGGAUGUGUUCGCGGCCCACCUGCGAGAGGGCUGGAACCAAGGUGCAGGCUGCGGCGGCGGCGGCGGCGGCGGCGGAGGUCGAAACGACUUGCUAGCCAGGGAGAUGGACGCCGAGCUAUUCGUCGUAUUCGUCCGCAACCUCCACGUGACGAGCAGCGUCGCCUCCGCGGUCGGGGCCCUCUGCUCGAGUCUGGCUGAAGAGAGCCUUCGAAGCUUCGGGGUGCCGCUGCGACAGGCCGCCGCGGCCGCGGCCGCGGCCUCCGCCGCCACCCCGUCCCCGCCGGCCUCCAAGAAGAAAAAGAAGCAGAGAAGAGGAGAGGAGCGGGCGGAAUCGGAACAGCACGGAGCCCUUGGGGACGGAAGCGGUAGCGGCGGGGUUCCAAUGUCGGAGAUGAUGCUGUCCUUCCGGCCGGCCCUCGACGUGCACGGCUGGUUGUUGGACCUCGACACGAGGUGCCGUUUCUGGUUUGCCGUUCUCGACUCCUCGUCGUCGGCAACGGCGGGGGCGGGGGCGGCCAUACCACAAGACGACGGCAACACUCUGGUCGAGGAAGGCGGCGACGGGGACAAAACAGCCCGAGCGACAACGGCCCCAGCCCCUCCUGCAUCUGUGCUCAUGCCCCCGGAUGGGGAUGAAGCAGACGCCUCGCUGCCGCGCAUCAUCGCCGCCGCCACCGCUGCCCUCGAGACAAGCAGCAGCAGCGGCGGCGGCGGCAGCAGCAGCCUGGAGGCGGGGACGGGUGCACAUGACGAGGAGGUCGGCGUGAGGUCGAGGCUCGAGAAGACGCUGCAGCAGGUGGCCGUGCACAGGGUCCAGCAGAUCUACGCCCACCUCAACGGCGUCGCGGCGCUCGAGUCGUCCGGGACGACGGGGGCGGCAGAACGGCGGCCUGCCUCUCCCCCCUCGGGAGCGGAAGGGAUGGAUGACGACCAGGAAGGGAAGUUGGAAGAAGCGGCACCAGGAGGAGCAGCGCGGGAAGAAGGAGGCGAGGAAAAGCUCGAGGACGAGGCGAGGGGCCUCGUGGCGUAUGCUUGCGGCGCGUGCCGCGGCAGCGGCGGCGGUGGGCACGGCCCGGUUACGUGGGGGGACGAGGACGGCGACGGCCGCGGCGGGGGAGCGGGCUGGAGCAUGAUGAUGCCGUAUCUGCCCGUUUGGGUCGGCUUCGCGGAGGAGGAACAGGUGGGCGGGCAACCUUUGGUACCAUCCAUCGACACAAGUAACAGAAGCGGUUCCCGCCCCCCCUACCUGGUGGCGCUCUUUCUGGAAGCGCUGCUGUCGAGAUGCGCGGCCGAUAUCCUCGACGGUCGCGGGGAGGAAGAGAGUCCGCCCUUGAGGCUCCUCUCAGACGCCUCGUUUUACGAGAUGGAAGCCGUGGCGAAAUCCGCCCCGGCGGUAAUCCUCGCGAGGGUGUUCCACGCAGUCAGACGCGCUGUGGGCGGCGCGCGGGGCACCGGGGACAAGAAGGAAAGCGGGUCAGCGAGAUUGCCGCCCGGGUUUCCGGCGGUAGGCACGAUCGUGGCGGCCGUCCAGGCUCUCGCUACCGCCGCUACUACUACCGCCAACGAGAAGGGGAAGGGCCGCGGCGGUGCCGCAGAGGGGAGCAGCAGUGACAGCCCAGCCGAGGUGACGGGCGGUGGGGAGGCGGAGAGGAAGGGACGGGAUAAGCGGCGGCAGCAGGAAGAAGAGUUGCUCGAGGCGUGUUGCCUCUUGAUGAUGACCGAGCGGUUCCCGUCGGGUUUCCUAGACGAGGAGGCCAUUGCGGCGAUGCUGGUGGCCUCUGAUGCCCUCGACACCGUUCUUGCUCGAAGCCUUUCGUCUCGAUGCGGCAGCGGCGGCGGCAUCGCCGGAGGAGGAGGAGGCAAGAAACCGGCGGACGGUGAUGCAGCAGCACUCUUGUUGGACGACCACGUGCCGUCCUCUCGGGGGGGGCUUGGUAGUCUCGCUUCGCCCGCCAGCGCCGGUCCUCGAGAAGAAAGCCUCGUCGAAGCCGUGGCGGCGCUGAGGAGGCUGUCCCUCAGGCUCGGGCGCUCGCUACCGCCGGAGUCCCCGCUCCUGGAACGCCUCCCGCAGGGAGACGCCCUCCUGCGCGCGAUCGAGCCGGCGGCGGCGAGCGGGGAGCGCGGCGGCGAGUCGUCGCGGGCUCAUCUGCUUCGAGCCUCGGCGAGCUUGUUGCCGUUCUUGGCCGAGCGGUGCGUGCUGAGGGGAGACACCAAGACCGCGCUGAAGGCGAUCGUCGGGCUGGGCCUGAUCAAGCCGCGCCCGGCCAGCGGGGGCGGCGAAGCUGAGAAACGGCGGCGGAAGCGGGGACACCACCCGCGUAAAGAUGCGCCCCCGGCACAGGAGGAGGAAGACGAGGUCAGCAGCAGCAGGCGGCUCGUGCUGCUGCACGGCGUGCUGUCGGGAUUCGUGGCGGGGGAGAGCUUCCGCCUGGCCAAGGACGCCGCCGCCGCCGCUAGCGCCUCUCUAGCCGCCGCCACCUCGUCCGCCGAGGCAGCAAUGGAACUAGACUCUGAUGACGACGACGAUGGGUUGGGCGGAGCGGUGGAGGGUGGCGGGUCCGAGCCCCAGCAGCAGCAGCCGCCGCCGCCCUCGGCCGCCGCCCUCGACCAGCGCCUGGUGGCCACGGUCUCCCACCUUGCUGGCUGCCUGCCCGUCCAAGCGGCAGCACGGCUAUCGACUCCGACGCCGACGCCGCCACCGGUGUCGCCCCCGCUCCUGCUCGUGUGGAGCGACGCCCUCCGCCUGAGCUUCCUCGGCCCCGACGCGCAGCGGCUGGUGUUCGCGGACCGGAAGCCGGGGGGAGCGGCGAGGUCUCGCUCUCGGUGGGUGGAGGACUGCGUGGCCUACCUCGCGGACCGGGCCGAGAGGUCGGCGGAGUCGGCGGCGAUGCCGUCAGAGAGAUCGGCGUGCUGCCACCUGGUCCGAGCCGUGUGCGGGUGCUCUCACCUCCUGGACCCUCCCCUCCCCCGGCUGUCCGUGCGGCGGCUGGUGGAGGCAUUCGUCGGAAUCAUCGACGUCCCCGCCGCUGCAGGCGGCGGGGGCGGCGACUACGUAGACAGAGACGGAGCGGCGCGCCGGGUUCAGCGCGCCGAGGAGGACCUCGUCCUCCACACGGCGUUUUGCCUGCUGGUGCAGCACGCCUCCGAGGCUCAGCUGGACGAGAUAGUCACUACGCUUCUGGAGAUGCUGCAGCUGGCGGGGGACGAGACUGCGAAGAUAACCCUCCCCGCGCCUCCGGGCCCGGGAACUCGCCCCACGGCGGUCACGCUCCUGCGCCUGGCCACCCGAGCCGGCCGCGGGGCCGCCUUCAAGGCGGUGAUGCCGAGGCGCGCGCUCUCGCUGGCCGCUGCUCUGUGCCGAGAGCUACGGGGGGCUGCCACCGCCGCCGCCGCCGGUGGUGUAGGCAAUCGGCUUCGGGAAGCGACCGGGGCGCUGGAGGCGCUGGAGGGGCUCCUCGAUCGGCAGCCGUACUCCUCCGUCACCGCUCGCGUGGUGUCGGUGGUUCUGGGUUCGAUCGAACCGGCGGUCCGGGCCGCGAUCGACGCGACAGUGGCGGUAGCGGCCGCCCCCCGGGACGGCGGCGGCAGCAGGGAGGCGUUUUUUGUCGUCCGGGAGAGCCUGAGGUGUUUCCGCGCCACCUGUCGCGUGGUCGGGACGGUGCUCCAGCACUACGCGCGCAAGGUGUACUCGUGCACGCCCCCGUUCGCGUCUCUGUGCCGCUCGCUGCUCCGCCUGUUCUUCCGCCUGGCCACGGCGCCCGCGCCCGGAGGCGGCGGCGGCGGCGGGGUCGGCUCCGGAGCCGGCGGCGACAACGCAACAAGGCAGAGCGCAAGCGCCGGUGCCGAGGCUGAUGCCGGGGACCACGGGAGCCACUUCGCGGUGUCGAUGGAGGAGCAGGUGGCGGCGGCGAGCGUGUUCUCGAGGGUGCUAGAGCAGUUCGUCCCCCACAAAGAGGUCCUGAAAAAGUACGCGGCGUUCCUGCUGCUGGAGUACGUGUCCCUGGCCGGGGCGGCCGCCCUAGAGCCGGCGCCGAGGGCGGCGCUGCUGUCCGGGGUCUUCGCCGUGAUGCAAGCGUGCUCGAGGAGGGAGAUGAGGCAGCUGCACGGGCUGCUGCUGGGGCCGUCGCUGCCGACGGGCACGGGGCAGCAGGUGUUCCGGGCGCUGAACGAGGAGUACCAGCUGCAGCACAAGUACGUCGGGAAGAUGUAGAAGUUCGUUUGGGGGGUGGUUCCCUGAUGACUUGUCCUUUUUUGCGGGAACUGACAGGGAAGAAGGUAUGUUCAGAGCGAAGAAGGGAGACUCGGUUGGUUGGUGUGUUUUGUGCUGGAGACAACGCACAAGACAACAUAGUGGGUUGACCCAGUCAACGGUGGUUGUAUCGU